AUGUCAGAUGUGUGGAUACCAGUUCAUCUUGAUCAUCCAUCGAACUUUGAUACAUUGGUUAUGGAUUUGGAAAUGAAGAAGAUGGUCAUGAAUGAUCUGGAUUACAAGAAAGUUGGUAAGGCUUGGAAGAGAGUUUAUCUUCUUGACGGACCACCUGGAACCGGGAAAUCGAGUUUAAUUGCUGCAAUGGAGAAUCAUUUGAAAUUUGACGUAUAUGAUUUGGAAUUGACACCGUUGGAUAACAAUACCGAUCUGGUCGGAGAGCAGCCGUCGAAUUCCCCUCCAUCAUCCGGAGAGUCAAAUGAAAAUGAAAACAAAUAUAAGGUAACAUUGUCUGGCUUCCUAAAUUUUGUGGACGGGUUAUGGUCAGGUUGUGGUGACAAGCGAAUCAUAAUUUUCACCAUGAAUCACAAAGAGAAACUCGACCCUGCAUUGUUACGCCCGGGUCGUAUGGACAUGAACAUCCACAUGUCUUAUUGUACUCUGAGCGGGUUCAGAUUGCUAGUUCAUAAAUAUAUUGACGUCAAUGAUCACAACUCACUCGAGGAAAUUGAAGAGCUGAUUGAAUCGGUUGAGGUGACUCCAGCUAAGGUGCCAGGGAAAAUGAUGAGGUGA